GACGUAAGAACGCCAUGGGUGUUUGUUAAAAUGGUGACGCGGAAAGCAAAUCUCUAUUCAUCCUGAUGUGGGCCUCUCAUAGAUUUGGCAUUUCUUAGUGAAUAAAACAACCAAGACCGAAUUGAUCCAUUCAUGACCGUGAAUUCGUGCUUCCAAUUUUACCCACAACAAACCACUACCACCAUAUCCGCCAUCGUACACCAUCACCCACCCGUAACUAAUCGAACCAGCACUCAACAAAAACCACCACCCUUCACUGUUGCCGCCUUCAAAGCUGUCAACUUUCGAAUUUCGGAACUCAAAUUUACUCGGUCCGCUUACUGGGUCGUCUCCGAGCUAUGCGUGGAGCUGAGGGUGGUGGUGGUGGUGGUUUCGCCGUCAGAGGCGGUAACAUCUACUGGGGAAGAAAAGAGGAAACUGGUUUCAGAGGAAUCGUGGUAAUCUUCUCUUGGGUUUCUGUUCCACAGACCCUUUUACGAGAAUUCGUUGAUCUGUGUUCCUCUUUCGGGUGGAAUUCCCUCGUUUGUGCUGCCAAUUAUCUCUCAGCUUUCCAUGAUGAAAGUGCCAUGCCAUUGGCAUUUUGUGUUCUUGAUGAACUAAUUAAGGAGCUUCGAACUAGGUCAUGUCCUGUUGUAUUUGCUUCUUUUUCCGCUGGAUCCAAAGCCUGUCUGUAUAAAGUGUUUCAGCUCAUUGAUGGAAGAUGUGAAACUGCGCUCAACUUGCCUAACUACCAACUACUUAGGAACUGCCUCUCUGGACAAAUUUAUGAUUCUGGUCCAAUAGAUGUUACAAGUGAUUUUGGCUUCCGCUUUGCAUUACACCCCUCCAUUGCAAAGGUGCCUGGACCAUCAAAACUUGUUUCUUGGGUAGCAAAAUCUGUUACCUCCGGAUUGGAUGCAUUAUACCUAACUAGAUUUGAAUCCCAAGCGGCUGAGCAUUGGCAGGCUUUAUAUUCUUCUGUUAAUUUUGGAGCUCCAUUUCUCCUUUUAUGUUCUGAGAAUGAUGACCUUUUGCGAUACCAAAAUAUCUGUGAUUUUACCCAACGACUACGCAACCUCAAUGGUGAUGUCAACCUUGUAAAUUUCAGCAGCUCCUCUCACCUUGGUCAUUACAAACACCAUCCAAUUCAAUAUAGAAUAGCUGUGAAUAAUUUAUUAGAGAAGGCUGUUACAAUAUAUUCACAGAAAGUGAUGCUAGAAAGAGAAAGAACUGGUAUGGAUGGUACACAGGAUGAGAUAUCAGAGUUAAUCUGUGACCUGCAGAAGGUGGCGAUCAAUUCAAAUAAAAGCCUUAGAAGAGUUGCAGUUGGACCAACUGACCACUUUUUUUUGCCUAGUUCAGCAGGGCAUUACAGUGAUAGAGAAUUUGGGACUCCAUAUGAUGAACAGAAAGAAAAGCCUGUUUGUCUGCCUAGUUUCCCAAGCAUCAGUGCUCACAGUGUCCUUGGCCAAUUUCUUUUCGAUGUCUGUGUUCCUAAGAAUGUUGAGGGCUGGGAUGUGAAAUUUUCUUCAGCUCCUAGGCAUUCACUUUUCAGAGGCACCAAGCGCAUUGGUCGGUCCAGAUUAUGAAAUUGUUCUAAUAUCUGACCUGGGAAAUACUUUGUGAUAAACAUGUUUGAAACAUCAGCAAUUUCCCUUGACAAUACAGGAAGAUAUGAUAGAUUUUGAUGCAAUGCUUGGCUAUUGUUGUGUCUGGCUGUGGAACUGUUGUGGUUGAAAUGAUUCUACAUUUAAUUCCUUGGCUCGUACGAGAAAAUGGUGGGCUUAGAAAUGAACACAUGCCUGUUGUAUCAGAAAGGAGAGCUUCUGAUGGUCCAAAACUGGUUGAUGCUUGGCUAUGGUAACUACUACUCAUUAGGUAAUUGUAUUUGCAUUUAAUGAGAUAAAAUUGUACUCACGUAUAUAUAGUUAGAGCAUGUAAGUAGAUGUGCAUAAUAUAUUUUUAAGGGAAUAAAAAGUCUCUUGCUAGAGCGUGGAAGAAACUUGUAAAUUAGACAUGUCUAGCAAUGUGCAAAAAUGUUAUUAUACUUGUUUUGCUAGCAGAAUAAUUUCAUCUUCUGGACUGAAUAUUUUACUGAA